GCUCAACCUGAUAGGGACCCAGUGAAAGAAAAAUGGAUGAUAGGGAUCAUGGUGUCUGCCACAGUGGUGAAGUUUGUGCUGAUGGCAUAUUGUCGUAGAUUCAAAAACGAAAUUGUUCGAGCAUAUGCUCAAGAUCAUCUAUUUGAUGUCAUCACUAAUGGAAUUGGUCUUGCAUCAGCAGUUUUAGCAAUCAGGUUUUACUGGUGGAUUGACCCUGUUGGAGCUAUCAUUAUUGCUUUGUAUACAAUGGGAAAUUGGGCAAAAACAGUGAUGGAAAAUGUGUGGUCACUGAUUGGGAAGACAGCACCAGCAGAGUACUUGGCAAAGUUGACAUAUCUGAUUUGGAACCAUGACAAGGAGAUCCAGCACAUUGAGACAGUGAGAGCCUAUACUUUUGGUGGCAACUAUUUUGUGGAAGUUGACAUAGUCUUGCCUGGGGACAUGUCUCUUAGUCAUGCACAUAACAUUGGAGAAACACUUCAAGAGAAGCUUGAAAAGCUUCCUGAGGUUGAAAGAGCUUUUGUUCAUGUGGACUUUGAUAUUACUCACAGGCCAGAGCACAAGCCAAAGUUGGCUUCAUGAUCAAGAAACACAAGACAAGAACAGUAGCUAAGUGUUGUUUGAACUAGCUCUUUUUUCAAUUAUUAAAAAUCAAUCCCAACAUUUGAAGAAGGGAAUUGAACAUAGAGUAGGCCACAGUUAUUGAACUACUACUUAUCUGUAUGAAUAAAGUUUGUAUGUUUAUUUUGAGCUACUUGAAC